UUAAGUGGGAGGCUGCGAGUCCUCUGCUGCCAGGGGCUCCAUGCAAUAUGUGCCCGUAAGAUGAAGUCACAAACAUUGCAACUGUAGUCUACUCCCACUCGCCGGGGCAGCACAGACGGGGCAUUAUGUGGACGAGUACCAGCUGGUACCACGGGCUCCUCAUCCUCCUCGGGACUUCAUUUGCUGCUGCCUCUGGAAUCAGGACAUGGAACUGAGAAAGAAGAGCAAACCUGUGGACGUUCUCCUCGGAUGCAUCGUCGCCGUCUGCUUCUGUUCUGUUUGUCGGGCUCAGAGACUUUGCACGGUGCCUCCAGGCCCCGUGACGGUGGCAGAAAACAGCACAGCCGACGUCCAGGUGGUUAAAAUCAUCUCCGGCAGCGACGUGACUCUGACGGUGGCGGUGAACCCGGAAGAUCUGUUCUUCCUGAAAGGAAACGCCCUGAUGGUCAAGAAAGGCCUGGACUAUGAGUCUCUGUCCAGUCCAGCUCUGACGGUGUGGGUCAGAUGCACCAGAGCCGGAUCCAGACCUGUGAACGAGUCCGUGGAGGUUCUGGUUGAGAACAUCAACGAUAACCCUCCAAACUUUGCUCAGAACCACUACGUGUUGGAUGUGAAUGAGCUCAUUCCAAUCAACUCCAGCGUCGGCCUGAUAGAAGCUACAGACGUGGACUCGGAGCCGCUCUACUAUCGUCUGGAGUCUGCGACGGAUAAAUUCUUCCGUCUGGAGAACAUAAACACUCCGAGGAUCCUGGUUAAAAGUCUCCUGGACUACGAUGUUGUCCAGAAGGUCUCUCUGGUUCUUCAUGUCCGGGACACGUUCAACGGCUCCGCGUCCAACGAGCCGUUCUUCACGUCCGUCGCCACCGUCACGGUGAACGUGAAGGACGUGGACAACCGGCCGCCGUGGUUCCAGCCGUGUCUCAGGACCAACGUGGGGACGGCGAAGCUGUGCGUGAGCGGCGGCUACAGAGGACGAGUCAACCUCACCGAGAAGGAGGAAGGUCCUCUGGUCCUGGAGCCGGGUCCCGUCUUCGCCAAAGAUGGAGACAAGAACAGAAGUGAACAGAUCAGCUACAGAAUACUACGAGGAAACGAAGGAAACAUUUUCCAGAUCGACGAGGAAACAGGAAACAUCACGAUGACCAAAGCCGCUGACAUCGUCGGUCCAAUAAUCCUCACUGUUCUGGCGUCUCAGGUGACCAACCGAGACCAGUUCGCCGUGACGCAGGUGACCUUCGAGGUGAUGAAGAAGAGCCGGAACCCGCCUCGCUUCGAGAAGGAACGAUACGAAGGCUUCAUCUACAGCAACUCUGUCCCCGAGAGCAUGAUCCUCCGAGACCGGACCAGCUACCGGCCCUUCAGGGUCCGAGCCCGAGACGAGGACUUCGCCGCCGGUUUGAAUCCAGACGUGAAGUAUGAGGUUCAGUACAGCAGCUACGUCAACGUGACCUCGGACGGUUUCGUGAUCCUGAAGAGAGUCGUGAAGACAGAGUCCUUUGCUCUUCAGCUCCGAGCAGUGGAUUCGACAACGGGGGAGUUUGGAACAGCAGCCUUGUCUGUUCAGGUCAUACCUGCCGUGGCCCUCCCGUCUCCAUCAAACACCGGCUACCGUCCGGGCGACAUGGCGCUCCUGGGCCUCGUCAUGGCCGCUCUGCUGGUCCUUUGCCUCAUCGUCAUCGGCUUCCUCAUCUCCCGCCUGUGGAAGGGAAACGCCAGCGUGAACAAGAUAUGUGAGUGCCUGGGGCCCUGCCUCCGGUCCGACCAGCACCAGUCCGGCCACAGGGACUCCCUCCAAUACACCAACGACGGCUUCCAGAACGAGGGCGACCAGAGCCGCGUGGGCGGCGGCGGCAGGCGCUGGAACAACGUCAUCCCCAGACGCAGCGCCUUCCCUCAGUCCCGCGGCCGCCUCAUCCCCCUGGAGCGACGGGGCCGCCACUGCACCUCCUGCAGCGUCUACACCAACCACGUCCCCAAGGGGAGUCCCUCGGUGAGGUCGGCCAGGAGGAGCCGGGGGGACGACGAGGACGGGUCCAGGUCCAUCCUGAUCAAGCAGCGCAGGAAGGAGGGCCAGAAGACGGUGUGGUUCAAGGAGCUGGAGGACUCCUCGGACAUCGAGGUGGAGAUUAUCCCGGACACCGUGGGCCGGGUGGAGGAGGAGACUGAGGAGGAGCUGGAGGUUGAGAUGGAGGGUGUUGUCAGGGACCCGGCCGCCCCCGUGAGAGAUGAGGACGGCGGGCAGGAGACCCAGAGCACGGAGCACGGCGACGAGCAGGGAAACGAGAAGGAGGCGGGGAGUCAGGAGGAGGAGCGCUGACGGGGGAGGUCGGAGGUCAAAGACUGAACAGGACGCUGUUUUCUUUUUCUGGAUAAAUGACGGACGAGGUCUCAGAACAGCAUCUGUGAACAGCUGGAGAACCUCAAGAACACGUCCAAGGAUCCAAAAAGGUUUUAUCUUCUGCUGUGAGUAUCUACAAAAACAGCACAUGUACUUGUCUCCAGGGUCGGAGGUAAGGGUUCCCUCUAACUUAUUUUCAUAGUUUUACUUUUACAAUUCUGUUCUUAAUAACAUUAGACACAUUAAAGUAACUGCUAGGACUGCAGAGAUAUUAAUACCUCAAAGUCUGACAGGGCUCUGUCAAGAUUUGAAGAUGUGAAGACGACCUGUUGGUGAUCUGGUGUUACACUUCCUUCACUGUGGAGACGAAUAAAUCAAAGCUGACUGUUAAAGCCACUGUUUUCACACCUGGAAAUCGUUUCUUUCAGACUUUCUGUAAAGUUCAGACUACAGGAGUUUCAUCCUUCUCUCUAAUGUCAAACCUGCACACGCUACAGGAUAUUAUUUAGAUUAUCUUGAAUGCAACACCUCAUGUGAUCUCUUCGGGAAGCCAGAGCCAUAUAUUAGAGAGAGUCUGUCCAACUCAAAUCAUGGGCGCCAUGUUUGCUACAUCAGAGGUUAGAUUCUACAGUGUGACCCUAUGGGGCAGAUGUGAUAAGUUGAAAUAAAUGUCUUAUUUUCACCAUUAACGGGCCUAUAAUGUUAUUACCAAUGUCUGUCAAUACGUAAAAGGUCCUCACUUAAAUAUCCCAGCGUCUACUUACUUUAAAUAUCUUAAAUGAGCCUUUAAAAUGGCUGUUUUUUUUAUUAUUAUUAUUGUUAUUGUAGACAAACAGUUAAAUGUGUCUACAUGGACAUAAAUUACAUGAACACAUGGGUUUCACAGUAUAUAUGACGCUAGCUGCUAUUUUCCAGACGAUGAAUUUGGGAGAAAUUCAGUUUGGUUUCAGAUUAGUACAAGAAAAUCUCAGACGAACCGCAAAGUCGUUCCAAAAACUCCUGUAGACCGAACUUUGAUUUAGUAAAUUUAUCGUUAGGUGUAAAAAAUCAGUGAAGUGUCUGUUGAAAAGACAUGAGAAGAUGUUUUCUGUUCUGCUUCUGCCACAAAAAAAAUGUACUUCAACAAUUUUUUUAACCCUUUUUUUGUCUCCUGAGCCUCAUGUUUGAAACCCCCUGUGGAAAAUAACAUGAACAAUAAGUGAGGGAACAUUAGUCACAUCAGUCCUGGACCCCAGUUAUUGAGUUUAAUCUUGUUAGAGUCAGAAAACUCAAGCUUAUAUUAAUAAAGCAGUAAAUAUUCAGUAGGAACCCUUUUGAAAUAAACUUAUGCUGUUGAGAUCCAUCAGGGUUCUUCAUCAUCAGAAUAAAGUUUACAUCAUAAAACUUAAAUUACAGCCAUUAAUCCUGCAGUUAUUAAAGUUAAUAAAUUCAUUUUGGUCCAGGUCUUUUCGUCAAAGGGAUAAAACACAGUAAACACAAAUAUCUGGUAUAUUUUUUAUAUUUUUUUGACAUUUUACUAAAUGUGUAACAAGUAAUUUAACCAUAACCUUUCAAAUCAUAUAUCAAAUUAAAGACACAUUCAUUAAAUUAGUUCAUUAGCUCAGCCACAAUAUUUGAUUUUGUAGAAAACAUAAAAUUAUUAUUUUUAAAGGUUUGGUGAAAACCUGAACCCUUAAGAUCUACGCAGCACUUAGCAAAUCAUUUAUUAACACUAAUUAAAUCAUUAAAAAGUAAAAUAGAAACUCAAUCAGGAGAUUAAUUUACAUAGUUUUUUUCCCCCUUUAUGUUCCUCCAGCUUAUUUCCAGGAAAUUAAAAUGCAACCAAGUAUUUUUCUUUUAUUAUUAUUAUUAUUUUCAGAUGAGCUGGUUGAGGCUGAUUGAUUUCUGUGCGAGCUUUACUAAACCGAUCCUGUCGUGUCUGGGUUUUACGUGAACACAUGAACUUUUAUCUACUAAAACAAGCUGAAGGUACUUUCUAUGUGGACUGUAUUUUAUUUUUUAUUGAGCAUGUUGGUUGAAAACGACGUCUUUUAUGGGGGAAAAUCUAUAAUUAAUGUAUAGUUGUCAUUUUUUUUGUACAUUUAAAGUGACGUAGAGAUGUUGGAGAGAAUAAUAAAAGUUGUGAAGGACGUC